CUGUUGGAUUUAACUUGAAAUAGUCUACUGACGUUACAGCAUGGCCGACGGCAGGACAAAAGGUGCAACUUAUUUCACGGACGGUAGUACGUUAGUUGCGUCUUUACUUGUCGACUUUUAUUUUGAAAACUCAAACAGACUUCCUGCUUUAGCUAGACUUUAUCAAUUUGACAGCAAGCGAGUCAGUCCAAAUCGCGCCGCCACUGGCUGACACACGAAGGUCUGGAGCAGCAAGAACAUGACUUUCUUAAUGGCAUGUUGCACAUUGAUCGUCAAUGGGUUAUGCAUGCCCCUUCAUCUGAUCCAUGCCAUGGGCAUGUAUGACAUAUACAAACGUUUCUUCCCAAUGUGUCAGUAUCGGUGCUCUUUAAUGUACAACAAGAAAAUGUACGACAAGAAGAAGGAGCUGUUUCGCAGUCUCUCCGAGUUCAACAAGCCUGGCGGGCAGCUCAUAAUCCUGGAGAUCGGCUGCGGCACCGGCGCAAAUUUUGAGUUUUAUCCGCCCGGUUGCAAGGUGAUCUGCACUGACCCGAAUCCUCAUUUUCAGAAGUAUCUGAAGAAAAAUAUGGGCGAGAAUGACCAGCUCUCAUAUGAGAGAUUUUUGGUGGCGUCGGGGGAGGACAUGGGGUCAGUUGAGAGCGAAUCGGUAGACGUUGUUGUCUGCACCCUGGUACUCUGCUCCGUCAACAACGUACCGCAAACUCUGCGUGAGGUUCGCCGCAUGCUGAGACCAGGUGGAGCCUUCUUUUUCCAAGAGCAUGUCGUUGCAGAUCCCUCAACUUGGUCUUACUUCUUCCAGCAUGUACUUCAGCCUCUUUGGUACUACUUUGGGGAUGGAUGUGAGGUCAUCCGGGAAACAUGGAAACAUCUGGAGGCAGCUGGGUUCUCUGAACUCAAGCUGAGACACAUCGAAACACCAUUGAUGUUCAUGAUCAAACCGCACAUUGUAGGUUAUGCUGUGAAAUAAAUUCUUCUCACAAAAGAAUAAGCAAAGCACUUAAAGGCUCUCCUCUCUUUUGUGAUAUGAUUGAUCACCACCAGUGACAAAUAACCCCAGUCACUCUUAUGCUAACUUUAUUUUUGCCAUGAAAAAAAUCACUCAGUCUUUGUGUUUUGUAAAGACACAUUAUUGUAACACAUAGAGAAGAUCUGUCCUUCUGUGUUUGUGUGCUACUGAUGGCUUCAUGACUAAAAAUAUAUAUGUUUUUCCUGUUAUCAAGCUAAUUGUGUUGUGUCUUAAUGUUGGCAAUUAAAGAGUUUGAUCCUGCUGCAUGA